AUGGCAUACACCCCGAGAGGCGACUCCAUCGCCAUCGGAGACCUCAAUCUCCAGGAUAACGGCUCGGACGAAGUUCCUUGGCCCGGUAAUACGUAUAUCAUUCAGGACAGGCGCUCUAAGCGAUCAAUUUACUCAUAUAAUGGCAUCUCAAUGACCAGCGGCACCGGCGGCUACAGCCAUUGGCUCUGCGUCGAAUCCCGUGGCUAUUUCGGAUUCUUCAACAAAGAAAACAACCAAUACCUAAGCUUUCAAAAUGACCGCAUACAGAUGGCAUCCGACUUCGGCUCCAGGGAAUUAUUUUCGCCAAGAAGGCAUCCAAUGGGGGGAUAUCUGUUAAUGGUUCCGCAUGGCAGCGAUACGCUGAAGCAAGUGGGGAUUCUCUGUGAUGAAACAACACUCGUUGCCAGGCAUCAUGCUGGGGCCAUUUGGGAUUUCAUUCAAGUAUCAGAAUUGAGAUGA